AUGAAGGGGUCAUCAGCAAUCUUUACUCUGGAUCGCACCUUUCUCACAAUAAUCAUUUUGUUGAGACUGUUUGCCCUUUCCUCUGUCGAAGCCAACAACAUGGGAGCCUUCGAAGAGCAAAUGGAACGUAUGUCCAAGGCGGACGGUUUCUUGGCCGCCUUGGAUCAAUCGGGUGGUAGUACCCCCAAAGCAUUGGCAGCAUACGGGGUGCCUGAUUCCGAAUACACUGCAGGUGAAGAGAGCAUGUACGAGAAAGUGCAUGAAAUGCGUUCCCGUAUCAUGACGAGCAAAUGCUUCAAUGGAGAUUAUGUGCUGGGAGCAAUCUUGUUCGAAAACACCAUGGACCGUCAAGUUGAAGGCAAGUCCACAGCUGCGUACUUGUGGGAGGUCAAGAACGUGGUGCCCUUUCUCAAGUGUGACAAGGGACUGGCCGACGAGGAGAAUGGCGUCCAGUUGAUGAAGCCAAUGCCGGGCCUCGAUGAUCUUCUCAAGCGAGCCAAAGAAGGAGGCAUCUUUGGUACCAAAAUGAGGAGUGUCAUCAAGAUGGACAAUGAAGCAGGAAUCAAGGCCAUUGUGGAACAACAAUUUGAAGUGGGUAAGCAGAUCAUCAGCCAUGGUCUGCUCCCCAUUAUCGAACCAGAGGUCGACAUUAAUAGUCCCAAGAAAAAGGAGUGCGAAGAAAUCCUCAUGGCGUGCAUUCUCGAGCAGUUGGAUAAACUCGGCGAAGACCAAAAGGUCAUGCUCAAGCUCAGCUUGCCCACUGUUGAAAACCACUACAAGGAAUGCAUGAACCAUCCCAACUGUGUGCGGGUUGUUGCUUUGUCUGGUGGAUACUGUCGAGACGAGGCCAACAAGAUUCUUGCCAAACAGUCCGGCAUGAUUGCUAGCUUCUCCCGUGCCCUUAUGGAGGGAGUCCAGUACGGUAUGAGCGAUGAUGAUUAUGAAAACACCCUCAAUGCCUCUAUUCAAUCUAUCGCUGAUGCCUCCAAAGCUUAG